AUGUCAUUUCGUUUUCGAAAACAUUUUCAUUUACUUUACACACUUGUUACACUCAAUAUAAUCUUCUUUCUUAUUGUCUAUCAUCGUCUUAUAUUAAUAACUCCAUCAUCAUCUAUUGAUUUAUCAAUAACGUCAUUUAUUGAUAAUAAUUUCAAAGAACAAAAUGAACAAUAUUUAUCAUCAUCAUCAACUUGUUAUAUACCUCGAUUCGAUCCUUGGGAUCAAACUGUUGCAAAAACUAUAAAUGUUAAACCUGUCUAUCGUUGUCCGAUGAAUAAACAAAAUUUAAUAAAUGUUGUUAAUAAUACGCAAUUAUUUAUUAAUCAAACAGUGAACAGAACAUCGUUUUCAAAUUCCAUAACACAUUGUGUUUAUUUAAAAGUUGGAAGAAAUCCUGAAGAAAAAUUUUUUCGUGAUUGGUCUUAUACAUUAUCCGAACCAAUACUAAUCGUUAAUGGAUAUACAGAUCCUAUAUUAGAUACUGAUUUUGUUCUUACACGUUGUUAUAAUGAUAAAACACGAUAUUUUAAUGGAAAAACAUUUUGGUAA